CCAAAUGAGUUCCCAAAGCACACAUAGUGCACUCGAAGGCUAUUGUUUCGGGCCCGUUUGGAGUGCGCUUGUGUAGGGAGCCGGAAGGUACUUGGUAUGUGAAGGGAAUAAACGCCGACACGUUUUGGUGGAUCAGAGGGAAGUGUGGCGGGGUAGGGUUGGAUCGGCUGUGUUGAAUAACAACAAACCGUGAGAGGUUAUUUGAAUGCGGGGUUUGCAGGAGCAGCUCACGGGCUCGAUCUUGGAGCACAGGUUCAACUUUUCGAGGACUAAUUCGAGCGUCCAAGCGACGGUGAAGUGGUGCAGGUUGGGCUUGGAGAGCUGAUUUCCCUUUCGGUCAAAGCAGACAAGGAAAAUGUGGCAGAGAACAUCCAACUUCCACUACUAGACUCCUCUUCAGCGCUUCCUCUUCAUCGUCUGAUUGACAUUACACUCUUUACAAUGGAGUAGAACUGCCUCUUUACUUUCCUCCCCCUGCAUCCUUGAGUGGGCGCCACGCUCACUAUAUGCGCCAUGCCGAGCAAUGGCCACGCGGGGAGAUCCAUGUUCUCCAAGCUUCUCUUGCCAUUCAGGAGGCAGCGCCAGGAGCGGGUGAUCUUGGCACGCAGCGAGAGCAUUCCCAAUGAGCAUGUCUUGAAAGUCACCAUUACGGAGACGACGGUGAUCGAGGCUGACUCGGGCGUGUGGAAUUCCCGAGCACUGGUGUACCUCGCAUUGUGGUACUUCUUCAGCUUUUGUACACUCUUUCUCAACAAGUAUAUCCUGUCCCUGCUGGAGGGAGAGCCGAGCGUCCUGGGUGCUGUGCAGAUGCUCUCUACCACAGUGAUUGGCUGCUUCAAGAUGUUUGUGCCUUGCUGCCUGUACCAGCACAAAUCCCGUACUGAAUACCCGCCCAACUUUCUCAUGAUCAUGCUCUUCGUGGGAUUAAUGAGGUUCACCACUGUGGUGUUGGGGCUGGUUAGCUUGAAAAGCGUAGCUGUGUCAUUUGCAGAGACAGUAAAAAGCUCAGCGCCCAUCUUCACAGUCAUCAUGUCCAGACUGAUACUGGGGGAAUACACAGGCUUUUGGGUGAACUUGUCCCUGUUCCCAGUAAUGGCUGGUCUGGCUCUCUGUACAGCCACUGAAAUCAGUUUUAACAUGUUGGGCUUCUCUGCUGCUCUCUCCACUAACAUCAUGGACUGCUUACAGAAUGUAUUUUCUAAGAAGCUGCUAAGUGGGGACAAAUAUAGAUUCAGUCCUCCAGAACUGCAGUUCUUCACUAGCGCAGCUGCAGUGGUUAUGCUCAUUCCUGCUUGGGCCUUUCUCAUGGAUAUCCAUUUGUUUGGGAAAAAUGGGCGUGGCUUAAACCUGACCCAGGACAUUGUGCUGCUGUUGCUUUUUGACGGAGUCCUCUUUCAUCUGCAGAGCGUCACAGCCUACGCCCUUAUGGGACGCAUAUCACCUGUCACCUUCAGCGUGGCGAGCACAGUGAAGCAUGCGUUGUCCAUCUGGCUGAGUAUCAUCGUGUUCAGUAAUCCCAUCACGCUGUUGUCUGCGGCCGGCACCAUCAUGGUGUUUCUGGGUGUCAUGCUGUACAACAAGGCCAAACAAGUACAGAGGAGUACACUGCAGACUCUCGCCCAGUCAUCCGAUUCAGACCACAGGCCUUUACUUCAAGAGUCCAACAUGAAAGCAGCAGACUGACUCGAACGGAACUUAAAAUUCUACUAGGAUAGCAGUUUUUAUAUUUAUUUCGGCUUUCCAAGAGGUGGAUCAAAGUGUUAUUCCAGCUUUUUCUUUUUUGGGGGGGGCAGCAAUGUCCUCACGGACUUCCUCUUCUGACUUAUUAGAUACCUCACACAAGUGCUUAAUUGUUUUUAAAGUAAAGGGUCUAAAGUGGAGCCGAUUUUUGUCUUGUCAAAUUGACCAGAAGCAGUUUUGUCCGAUUCCUUUUAAUCCACGUGUGUACGUGCACAGUCACGUUGCCUUCUUAAUUUGUCGACAGGAAAGAGUCUGAAUAUGUGGAAAUGAGCAUCGAUUCCUUACAUGCGCUAAACUUCCUGCUCGUUAUUUUUGCUUUGCUUUGCCCGCGUACAAUUGUAUAGAUUCUUAUGAAUGAUCUUUUCCACAUCACCGUUUUGGAUCAGUAAAACGUUGGAAAUGUGGCGAGGGAAUAUCGGCGACAUUGGUAAAUACUAGAAUCAGAAGGACGAACUAUGACGUCUGGAAACAGUGCAGGAGUUUUAAACCCUACAAAAAAAUUGAUCCAGUGGUACAUAUUCCAUCAGUACGUCCUGAAAUCCUGUCGGCCUACUCGAUUGCACAAGCUUUGACCACCAUCAACCUUCUGGCUCAAAUGCCUAUAACAUGCUAAUAUUGUACUUUUUUUUACCAAUGAUGUAUAAGAAAAUGGUUUGUUCUUGUGACCACUAACUAAAGGCUGCUAAAAAGACAUUUUCCAGCUGAUUCAGAGACAUUUUCCAGUCAAACAAAAUAUAACUGGCUUUAGUAAAUCAUCUAGAUUUCAGUCAAAGGCUUUUUGAAGAUGGGGAAAAGACGACUAUUCCGGUUAUAAACCCAGCCCCUUAAAAUGAACUUAGUUUUAUUCAGCACAAAAAGUGGACCAAUAGACUAGCAGAGUGAUGGAUGUCUUUGGUCAGUUUGUUCUUUGAGUUUGUGGUAUCUAUUCCUUUAUCAUUCCUUAAUUUAGUACACAAUUCCACUAUAAAUAACUUAUAGUGCAAUUUAUGUCAUACUUUCCUAAAAGGAAAAAAAUAUACAUGAUUAAAAUGAUUAUACAUCUUUUUAUUCCUCAUUUCAGAUUCAAACCAGACGUAAAAAUGUAUCAGGUUUUAGUUCUUUGAAUAAGCAGUGAUCAGGUACAACCACUUUGUUGUGUAAACAUUGAUUUUUUUAUUUCUAUGACUAUUGCUGCAAGACCCUUUGAUGCAGGCAUCUGCAUUGUACUAUCAUUCGGAUUCUGUUUUUUUGUUUUUUCUUUCCUGCAGAGAGAAUUUAUGAUUUCUACUCCAAAGCUUACAAUCGUGUAUUUUUCCUCAUUGGGCCAAAAGUCUGAUGUUACUUGCUGACAGAAUGUUAAUCAUAGAACCUGUGAACUGCCCCACUGGAUUACUGAGUAAAAACUAUUUAAUAAUCAUCUAUUUUACACUCCGAUAAAAGCCUCACAUUCUUCUCUUUUACUUGAGCUGUGUAGUACAUAAAGCUUUGGGUUCUAAACCUGUGCUGACAUUUUGAUUUUCCCAAAAAAACUUUUCUCGUUCAUUUUUUUUGUUGAUGUUUUAUUUUAUUUUUUAUAAAUAGGUGAACAUAUCAACAUGCUGUCUAAAUAGCAAAAAGACUGACAGGACCAUGUUUGUUUAUACAGUAAUGACUAAUGAGGUCCGGAUUUUAAUAUUGAAAAUGUUUUAUGUGGUGUUGUUUUUUUUUUCCCUCUGUACACAUCGGUCUGCCCUGUGGAUAAAUGUGCAAUUUGCAUUGAGGUGUACAGGUGUGAUUUUAUUUUGUAUUUUUUUUCCAGGAGAAAUGUCAAAUUUAGUUUCUCAAGUUUAUAAUAAAAGGAGUACAGCUUUU